CGCCGUUCCCAGCCCGGCGCAGCAGCAGCAUGUUGCGGGCAGCGGUUCGCGCUUCCCGGCUCUGCCGCGGCCCGGCCCGGCUCGGUCCGUCCUUCUCGGCCGCCGCUUCCCCCAUCCCGGCGCCCAACCCGCGCCCCGACAUCGCCUAUAACAAGAUUUUCAUCAAUAACGAGUGGCACGAUGCAGUCAGUAAGAAAACCUUCCCUUCUGUCAACCCAGCAACAGGAGAGGUCAUCUGCCAGGUCGCUGAGGGCGAUAAGGCAGAUGUGGACAAGGCCGUUCAGGCAGCCAAGGCAGCUUUCCAGCUGGGCUCACCUUGGAGGAGGAUGGAUGCUUCUCAUCGGGGGAAGCUGCUGAAUCGUCUUGCUGACCUGAUCGAGAGGGACCGGGCGUACCUGGCUGCUCUGGAGACUCUGGACAAUGGCAAACCGUACUCCAUCUCCUACCUGGUGGACUUGGACAUGGUAGUCAAAUGUCUCAGGUACUUUGCAGGCUGGUCAGAUAAAUAUCAUGGCAAAACCAUCCCGUUAGAUGGAGACUUCUUCUGUUACACCCGACUCGAGCCCGUGGGGGUCUGUGGACAGAUCAUCCCGUGGAACUUCCCACUGCUGAUGCAAGCAUGGAAACUGGGGCCUGCCCUGGCUACUGGGAAUGUGGUUGUGAUGAAAGUGGCAGAGCAGACCCCGCUGAGUGGUCUCUACGUGGCUAAUCUGAUCAAAGAGGCUGGAUUCCCACCAGGCGUGGUGAACAUCAUCCCUGGCUUCGGGCCCACAGCAGGGGCUGCCAUCUCCUCCCACAUGGAGAUAGAUAAAGUGGCCUUCACUGGCUCCACAGAGGUGGGGCACCUCAUCCAGAAGGCUGCAGCAGAGAGUAACCUAAAGAGGGUGACGCUGGAGCUUGGAGGAAAGAGCCCGAACAUAAUCCUGUCUGAUGCAGACAUGGACUGGGCAGUGGAUCAAGCCCAUUUUGCCCUCUUCUUCAACCAAGGGCAGUGUUGCUGUGCAGGAUCCCGAAUGUAUGUCCAGGAAGAUAUAUAUCAUGAGUUUGUGGAGAGGAGUGUUGAGAAGGCCAAGGCCAGGGUGGUUGGAAACCCCUUUGACUUUAAAACUGAACAGGGGCCUCAGGUAGAUGAAGAGCAGUUUAAGAAGAUCCUUGGUUACAUUAGUGCUGGGAAGCGUGAAGGAGCGAAACUGCUGUGUGGUGGCAGCCCUGCUGCAGACAGAGGCUACUUCAUUCAGCCAACUGUCUUUGGUGACGUGCAGGACAACAUGACAAUUGCCAGAGAAGAGAUAUUUGGGCCAGUCAUGCAGAUUCUGAAAUUCAAAACAGUUGAGGAAGUCAUUGAGAGAGCAAAUGACUCCAAGUACGGCCUGGCAGCAGCAGUCUUUACGAAGGAUCUUGACAAAGCAAACUAUGUGUCACAGAGCCUGCGAGCUGGAACGGUCUGGAUAAACUGCUACAAUGUCUUUGGUGCCCAAGCCCCCUUUGGUGGCUACAAAGCUUCUGGAAAUGGGCGAGAGCUGGGAGAAUAUGGUCUGGAGGCAUAUGUAGAGGUGAAAAAUGUGACAAUGAAAAUUCCACAGAAGAACUCCUAAAGGACAGCAGCUUCUCUGUGCUUGGAGACACCUCUGCAGCUUCACAAGCCACAAAGCAAGGGAGCCUCUGCUUAACACAUGCAAAGCUUAGGUGGAAAAUAUCUAACUCUGCAUUAAGAAAUUUUUCCUUAGGAGGUGACUGAAGGAGCUUUUGUUAAAAAAAGGCUACUUAGCUUUCUCUUUUUACAAUACCAAAUACAAAUGAGUGCUAUUGCAUUA